AUGCGUCUGAGACUGAAGAUUUGGUCAAUUGUUGAUUGGCCAACUUGGAACCCAGCUUUUUUCUCUGGUUCGUGUAUCUCGAAUUGGGCGCAGCCGAUCGAUGACGACGCGCUCGAGACUGGCAACUUGUCGGCGAAUGGACCAAUGAUUGGAAAUAGACCGGAAGCAGCGCAAAUAACCGCAGCAACUGAGAGCAUCUUGAACAAAACCAUCCCUCUGAUUAAUGGUAGAGCUAGACUGAGUAUAUCUGUAACAAUCGGACCAUCGUACAGUUUCGAAAUAACCGAAUUCACAACGUCUACGAGCACAACGCCCACAACAACAACGGGUACGACCACAACGGGUGCGAUCACAACAGGUGCGACCACAACAGACAAAACUGGUGCGACCACAACGGGUACGAGCCAAGGGCACGGACGCACGAAGAUAGUACGUGCGGACACAAACCCUCUGAACGGUGGUAAUCGACUCGCACUCAUUACACACGUAAAACCUGGAUCAUCAUAUAGCUUCGAUACAACCAACGUUAAGUAUUCGAAAGCAAACGAGCAAAUUCACCUAAAUGUGACGAUGUGCAAUGGUAAUGAGGCAGAUGCAGUAACUGUGAAUAGGUCGAAUACCGAUACGUAUGAAGUAUCUGCAGAAACAAUAAAGCGGAUGAUCGAGACGUUCAACUGUUCAGUUAAAAGUCGAGUGAAACGUAACAAUGAAAACGGCAACUAUAGUAUGACUUUAAUCAUUUAUGUAGAUAAAAACGAUACGUCUAAUAAUAUCACUAUAGUUGGUUAUUCUAUUUAUCCUCCAUCAACAACAACUCCUCCUUCACCAGCACCCACACAUACGACACAUACUUCAUCACCGCUCACUUCUCCUUCACCAGCACCCACACAUACACCUACGCAUACGUUCACGGCUGCAUCCACAACGCCCCCAGCGAGUUCAAUCGGUACC